UUACCUCAAACGCAUAUAUUGUAGUCGUAUUACUGAACUGUUUUCGGGUUGAAGCUAAACAAUAAUAAUGUCUGCAGUUCCGAGUUUGAGAGAGUUUGUCAACGAGAGACUGACUGCUGCUGCUGAAGAAAUAUUAGGAGUCUUUGAAAGAACUAUCGUCGAGUACGAGGAAGAGAUUGAUCGUCAGCGCAGACUGUUGAACAUCUUACCCACAAUAAAGUUACACAGGAUAGAGCUCCCUCAGCAACAUGUCUGUAAGGAGGAGGAGAUUCUCUCUGAGCAGCAGCUCUGCAUUCAGGAGAAAAACUACAGUGUGAACCAAGAGGACCCAGAGCCUCCACAGAUUAAAGAGGAACAAGAGGAGCUGUGCAGCAGUGAGGAGCAGCUUGUACUGAAGCAGGAGGCUGAUGACUUUAUGUUGACUCCGACUUAUAUGGAAAGUGAUCACAGUGAAGAUCAGACUCUGAACCUGAGCAUCGGUGACACUCAGAGUCAAGGCGAGGAAAAUCCUCCUGGGCAGUUUCCACUUCAAUGCUAUGUACUAUCAGAAGAAGGGAUUGUAUACACAAACAGGGACCACCAGCUCCUCUCUCACAACUCUCCACUAGCUGAGAGCCAAGAUCAGAAAGUUGGCAAGCAUGGAGACUCAGGAUCAACUCACGCAGAGCCGGAAGUAGACCAGAGAGAUAACAUUAUUCAAAGUCAAAGCUACAAUGUUAACAGCACAACUAAGUCAAUAUUGCAUAAAUUAAAAUGUGAGAUAUGUGACAAAGGUUUUAAGUACAAGUCUAAAUUGCAGAGUCACAUGAGAGUCCACACAGGUGAGAAGCCAUAUUCUUGCAAAAUGUGUGGGAAAGACUUCAGAGGUAAAUGUGACUUAACCAUCCACCUGAGAGUCCACACAGGUGAGAAGCCAUAUUUUUGCAAAAUAUGUGGGAAAGGCUUCAAACGUAAAUGUAACUUAACCCUCCACCUGAGAAUCCACACAGGUGAGAAGCCGUACGAUUGCAAGACCUGUGGGAAAGGAUUCAAUUAUAUAUCCACAUUGAAGAGUCAUCUAAGAACCCACACAGGAGAAAAGCCAUUUUCUUGCCAAACAUGUGGAAAACAAUUCAGUCACUUAGCAUCCUUUACUAUUCACAGUAGAACCCACACAGGUGAAAAGCCAUAUUCCUGUGAAACAUGUGGCAAAGGAUUCAAAUGUAGUAGUGAGUUAAAAGUCCACAUAAGAAGCCACACGGGUGAGAAGCCAUUUACUUGCCAAACAUGUGGAAAAAGAUUUAGUUACUGUUCAACAAUGACAAGGCAUUCAAGAAUCCACACAGAUGAGAAGCCGUUCAUUUGCACAACAUGUGGGAGAGUAUUCAGACACAACAGUGGUCUGUUAAAACACAUGAAAGAAGUCCACACUGGACACACACCUGAGGAUCAAUAUACCCAGGAGAAACCAUCAAGCUAAAACUGCUGAGGGAAAAUGUUCACAAACUUCAUUACGUCCACUUAGCAGAAGUUACAUCUCUUUAACCAAAUGAAAAAAGUGAGAUGUGCAUACUUUAUCUUUCAAUGUUCUCUUCAUUUGACUGUACUACUUAUAUUUCUGUUUGCAAACAAUAUCACUUUUUUUGAACCAGGGCAACCAGGACUUUUGCAACUUACAAAUAGAGGGGUUUACACUAACACAAUUAUGAAAAACAAUGGAUUACAUAUUGUCUUUACAGGUUGGACUGAAAAGUUAUGCUUUUGUAAUGUAAUUGCUGGUGUUUUGAAAUUGUUUGUGGUGGGAUUGACAAUAUUUCCUCUUGCAUUUUGAAUCAAAAAGAUUUGAGUCAGGUUUGCCGUGUCUUGAUAGUAAUUGUACAUUGACAUUUUUUUUUCAUUUUGAUAUGUAGUAAUUUUUGGUUUGGAGCAGAUCAUUAAUUGUUUAUCUUAUUGUGUAGAUGGGUUACAACGUUAAUAUUUUACAUGAUGUAAUCUAAAUAGCCUAUAGCAGAACACAAAAAAAGUGUAAAAUGUAAUGGACUAAAUAAUAAAUGAGAAAAACCAAAAAAAUACAAGCAAAUUGAACACAUUUUAUAGAACAGAACAGCUGCAUUGAAUACGUGCAGGGCUCCUCCAAUCCGUCCUCUAUACAGACUAUAGAGACACUUUGCUCUGGCAGCUGUGAAGGGACAGAUAUCAAAUGAUUAGUAUACUGGGAUUGUAAAGACAAAGUGCAGUACCAUUACAUAUUGAGACAAUUUGGAUUUCGUUCUUGUGUGAUUUUUACAUGAACUGAUACUAAUUCCAUACUAAUAAGUCCAAAUAGCAUGAAAUUGCACCCAAUACUGCAGAAAGUGACCUUUCUAUGGACAUAGUAACACAUUUGAUUGGUGUGAAUUUGGCAACACAGGAAUAAAGAUGGUAAACAGGAAGAGGCUGGACAGUUCUGAGACACAAACAAUGUCUCAUGUGGCUUGGGAGAAGGACUCAAUCGUGUCCAACCUGUUGUGCCUUAGAAGCCUUUACUUGUGAGUUUAUCACAUUUUUUCUUUGUUUAGAAUGACUUUAUAAAUACAAUAAUAAUAUUGGGAGGGAUGAAACCCUCU